AUGGUGAGCGGGCAACCAGAUUCGUGUCUACCGAGGUUCGGCAUCCUGCCAUUCUUUAGCUGCGAGCCUGACGAUGUCUGCAAGUACGGCUACAGGGACGACAAGACGUAUUGGCUGUCCACGAUAGAGAACGAGUCCCAGCAUCCCGCGGUGCCUGUCUCGGGUACGGACAUCAGGCCGUUCAUCAGUCGCUGCGCAGUUUGUUUGACCAAGGAUCUGACGAUGGCCGUGCACAGCCAGCGAGCGGCAGUCAUUCCGGACUGUCCAAUCGGCUGGAGAUCGCUUUGGGUCGGGUAUAGCUUCCUUAUGCACACUGCUGCCGGAGAGGGAGGCGGCCAGCCCCUGACGAGCGUCGGAAGUUGCCUGGACUUCUUCCGGGCUGCACCCUUCAUCGAGUGCGUCAAUGACAUCUGUGACGUGUCGUCUAAUCAGCUAAGCUUCUGGCUGAUUGGAAUUCCCGGAGGCGAGGAUGACCAAUUUAGCGAGCCCAGACGAACAGUCGGUUCAGUCGAUGUCCUUAGACAGAGAAUAAGCCGUUGUAGGUCCUGCGUUUACGGUGGCGAUCUGUAUGAAGACAUUAUAGCCGAGGAAGCACCAGAGGGUGUCAUCCCAACCAAUGUAUUCAAUAAAAAAUAGAUAACAUACAAUCAUGAAUCAGUUGACCUUCGGGACAAAAAGCUGCUACUAAAAUGAUCUGAAACAGCAGCGUCUCACUUGUUUCUAACUGAAAUGUCAGGUGUAUUUGACUGAAAUGUCGGAAUACUUUUAGGUGUAUGAGCGAAUAUACAACCUGUGAUUGUGAAACAGGUUAUACUCUAUGUACAUGACGCUAAAUAACUAACAAAUGUUCUCGACAAGAAGCAUGUAACAGAUCUAUAUCGUUUGUUAUGGCAGGCAGAAUAACAACAGUAAAUAACGUUAAGUUUUAGUUUUAGUUUAGGGUGAUCUUAAACUUGCGUUCGUUCGGUGCUCUAAUUGAUAAGUAUUAUCUAAUUGGUGUAUGUAUAGUUCUUUAACUUUUUGUAGUGGGGGAAUUUAUUCAUAGGUAUGUUUUGGGGUGUUAUUUUUUACGCUGACAGAAAACAAACUUUAGCCAUUUAUAUAUACUGGAAGGGAAGGAUGAUAAAUGUACUAUAUUUCUAUCAAAUAUUGGUGGUAACGUCAACAAAAAACACAUAGCUUUACUUUGUUGUAAUAAAUGUCCAAGCAUGGUGCUAUUAUGUAGUUAAGAGAGAGAGGGCAUUCCCUUCAAAUGUGUAAUCUGUUUUGAGAUUUGAUAUUGUUGUCAUAGCUGUGUGACAGAAAAGACUGCAUGGCAAGGAUGCCUCUCGACAUUGUAAUAAAACUUCAUUAGACUUGAA